AUGAGGACAAAGCCGAUGUUGACGUUUUCUAAGCUGGAUGAAGAAACUGGGGAGAUGCUGGAUAGGAUGUUUGAAAAGAAAGAUUGCAUGGUUGAAAUUAAUCCCGGAAGGGUUAUACUUCCAGCUGAUUAUAUGACCAUAGGCCAGGAUAUUUUGGAUAUGGAGGUUCUAGAGGACGAUGUUUGGAUGUGUUCUUAUCCCCGGACAGGAUCCACUUGGGCACAGGAAAUGGUUUGGCUAAUUGGCCAUGAUUUGGAUUAUGAAGGUGCUAAAUCACUUCAACAAAUUCGAUGUCCUUUAGUGGAACUGUCAUGUAUCAUGGUGGACGGUCACGCGGAGUGGCAUGACGAGUCAGUGAAGGGAACGUCUGUGGACCUGGUAAAGUAUCGCCUUCCUCAUCCCCGGUACAUCCGUAGUCAUUUACCGUGGGACUUACUACCGCUCGACAUACAGAAAGAAGAUGGCACUGUUAAGCCUAAGGUAAUUUACACAUCGCGAAACCCCAAAGACAUGGUGGUAUCAUACUACCACUACUGCAAGCUGGUGCAUGAACUCAAGGGUACGUUCGAGGAGUUUUGUGACCUGUUCAUGAGAGAUCGUGCCCCUUUCGGUCCCGUGUGGAACCAUAUAUUAGGUUUCUGGAAUAGACGCCACGAUCCGAAUCUCCUCUUCAUCAAGUUUGAGGAAAUGAAACGUGAUUUGCCUUCGGUCGUCAGGAAAACGGCCAAGUUCCUCGAUAAGACGCUAAGUGAUGAAGAGGUCUUCAAGCUUUGCGAUCAUCUUUCAUUCGAGAACAUGAAGACUAAUAGAGCUGUUAAUUUGGAAGCCAUCUUGGAGAAAUCCUUUGGAAAAAGUUACUUAGAACAAACUAACCUUAGAUUCAUCCGGAAGGGCGAAAUUGGCGAUUGGAAGAACUAUAUGUCGGAUGAUCUAUCGCGAAGAUUUGAUGAUUGGGCUGAACAGCAUUUGAAAGGAACUGAGUUAAGCUUUGAAUAA